AUGCCUCCUCUCAUCUGCACAUUACUCGGGCUUCUCCUCCUCUCGUACACAGCUCCUCGAUGCUCCUCUGCAGGCGACACUCUCGCAGCAGGCCAAACUCUCGUGGCCAUCGGUGCUGGUGCCGGCAAGCUCGUCUCAAGAAAUGGCAAGUACAUGCUCGGCUUCUUCCAACCAGCUACAAUGAUUGCAAGCACCAUGAGUGGUAGUAAGUCCCACCACAACACCAGCUCCAGCUCUAGUUGGUACUUUGGCAUAUGGUUCAAUAAAAUUCCAGUUUUUACUACUGUGUGGGUUGCUAAUAGGGAGGAGCCCAUCUCCCAUCCCAAUAUCAACUCCACACAGCUCAGGAUCUCAAGUGAUGGCAAUCUUGUCAUCAUCGUAGACCAUGUUGAUGUCGGCACUGAAUCCCUUGUCUGGUCCACUCACAUCGUCAAUAGGACACAAACCACCUCCACCACUACAACCCUUGUUCUCCUGAACAGUGGAAACCUUGUCCUCCUACCCACAAACACUAGCCAAGAAAUGCCGUCGUGGCAGAGCUUUGACCACCCAACAGAUGUUGUGCUUCCUGGCGUCAAGCUUGGCUGGGACAAGGUCACCGGCUUGAUCAACACGAUCAUCUCAAAGAAGAGUCUCAUUAAUCCUGGUCUUGGCUCAUACAGUGUUGGACUAGAAGGUGCCACGGGGAUGGUCCUCAAGCGUCGCAACAACCCCUCUGUAGUGUAUUGGCAAUUUGUGUCCUCUACAACGUCAACAUUGGUACCAAUAAUCCGGUCACUGGUAGAUUUGGAUCCUCGGAUUAAAGGUCUGGUUAACCCAACAUAUGUUGAUAACAACCGAGAGGAGUACUACAUGUACACUUCACCGGAUGAAUCACCACCUUUAUUUGUCUCACUGGACACCUCUGGUCAAAUAAAAAUGAUGUUUUGGUCUCAAACCAAACAGACUUGGGAAACCAUAGGUGCCAACCCUGAUGGUCGUUGCAUGACGCCUGCUACAUGUGGACCUUUUGCAGUCUGCAACAACAAUGCACAUAUAUUAUGUGAGUGUAUGAAGGGCUUCUCUCAGAAGUCACCACAGGAUUGGGAGUUUAAUGAUAGAACAGGUGGGUGCAUCAGAAAUACACCAUUACAGUACUGCAGCACUAGUGAGAAAAACAUGACAAGUUCAACAGACAUGUUCCACCCAAUUGCUCAAGCUACAUUGCCCUACAAGCCCCAACUAAUAUCCCUUGCUUCAACUCAAACAAAAUGCGAAGAAGCUUGUCUUAGCUCUUGCUCUUGCACUGCUUAUUCCUUUAACAAUGACAAAUGCUCUGUCUGGUAUGGGGAAUUACUUAGUGUAAAUAUGAAUGAUGGCAUUGAUUUUACAGCUGAAGAUGUUCUUUACAUUCGCCUUGCUGCCAAAGAUUUAAGUUUCAGAAAAAAUAAAAGAAAACCGCAUGUGGGAGUUAUUACUGCGGGAGCCAUUACUGGUCUUGGGUUACUAAUGAUCAUGGUGUUGUUAUUGAUUUGGAUGAAGAAAUUCAAAUGGUGUUGUCUGCCUUUAUACGGCAAUCAAGUUAGUGGUGGAGGGAUUAUGGCCUUUAGAUUCACAGAUUUAGUCCGUGCUACUAAAAACUUCUCAGAAAAGCUAGGAGGAGGUGGUUUUGGUUCUGUAUACAAGGGGGUAUUAAAUGACUCAACUAGUAUAGCAGUGAAAAGGCUUGAUGGUGCAUGUCAAGGAGAGAAGCAAUUCAGGGCCGAGGUGAGCUCAGUUGGACUGAUCCAACAUAUCAACAUAGUCAAAUUGAUUGGUUUCUGCAGCGAAGGUGAUAAAAGGUUACUUGUAUAUGAACACAUGUCAAAUGGGUCUCUGGAUGACCAUCUGUUUAAGAAGAGCAAUGCUAAUGGUGAUAUCCUGAACUGGAACACUAGAUUUCAAAUAACCCUUGGAAUUGCUAGAGGAUUGUCCUACUUGCAUCAGAGUUGUCGCCAAUGCAUCAUACACUGUGAUAUUAAGCCAGAAAAUAUACUUUUGGAUGCAUCAUUUGUUCCUAAAGUUGCAGACUUUGGGUUGGCGGCAUUAGUCGGACGGGAUUUUAGCCGAAUUCUAACCACAUUCAGAGGAACUGUUGGUUAUCUUGCUCCGGAGUGGCUUAGCGGGAAUGCUAUUACGCCAAAAGUUGAUGUUUAUAGCUUCGGCAUGGUACUUCUGGAAAUCAUAUCAGGGGCUAGGAAUUCAUCUGGAACAUACAACACUAGGAACGACCACUCUGCUAAAUUUUUCCCCGUGCAAGCUAUCUACAAGCUUCAUGGGGGUGAUGUGCAGAGUUUGGUGGAUCCAAAUUUGCAUGGUGACUUCAAUUUAGAAGAGGCUGAAAGGGUUUGCAAGGUUGCAUGUUGGUGUAUCCAAGAUAAUGAAUUUGAUCGACCGACGAUGGGUGAAAUGGUACGAGUUCUUGAGGGUCUACAGGAGAUUGGCAUGCCCCUGAUGCCAAGACAACUUGCGGCUAUGACGGAACAAUAUGGUGCAACCUCUUCAAUAUACAUAGUAAACAGUCAUAGUCAAUGUGACUAA